AUGGAUCUUCUGAAACCACCAAACCUGAGCGAGAUUGUUCAAAUGGAUCAACGGAAGCAAGUCAAGUACAGAGACCUGCAUUCCAAUAACCGAGUUUUUGCACCUGUGUCUUUGGUGGUUGAAGAGAAGGAUCAGGAAGUCCUGAUGCUAAACUUUGGCUUCCCACAAUCCCCUUUGCUCCAACGCAAGCCAUUACUGCUCUUGACCUUGGAACAUCCGGUCAGCGGAGGUGACCUGGCCCAGAUCACAUUCACCAGUCAGUCUCUGUGUCCCAAUACGCAGGCGGUGUGCUUAUCAGAAGGAAUGCAAUAUAUUCUGCUGACAGGACAAGGAGCAAUGGGAGACCUAAGAUGGAAGCUCUCAAUUGAAACAAAGUCCUUGAAAAUGAAGAAAAGAAUCAAAGAACUUCUUACAGGUGGAAAUACUCAAAGCAGCACCGUGACUCCAGUUCUUCUUUUCCCUCGUCAAGACAUCAGUGAUACCGACUCUUUUCGACCCAUUUUCUUCCUGUGCGAGCUGCGUCGCUUCCUGAGCGGUGUCCUUCCUCACAACCGUCCGGACUCUCCUCCGCUGCGGCUGGACUCGCUGCCGGCCCUGCCCCCGGUUACGCUAGGCCUGUCCUCCAGUGAAUCCGUUCUGGCGGAACUCAUCAACUCGUCGGCCCCCACCGUUUUCUCCUUCACGGGCUUCACUUAUCACGUCCACCGGGGUGAGCUGGCCAUGCCCCCGGGCCUGCUCGAUGAGCUCAGGCAGAAUUUGGAGUUCAACAUGGCGCAGGUCACAGAGGUUCUACGAGACAAGGGUGAUAGCCAGAGGAGCAUCAUGAGGCUACACAGGCUUUGGGAACUCUGCGCUUUUUCCAAGUUGAACCCUGUAUCAGGAGAAAGCCAGUACAGCGCGUUCCUUUUGUUGAAGGCCUUAAAAAUGGUGAACCGUGAGGUUUUACCCAAACCGAGGGUCACCCGAGCACAGCAUGAGCCCUCAACCCAGAGGGAUGCGUGCCGGUUAAAGAGCCUCACUGUUUCCCUGGAGAGUUUCCUGGUAGGUCCCAACACGGCAAACAUCAACAACUGCCACGGGCUGUGCAGCUACCCGAUGGUCAACACCAAGAACCACGCCGUAUUGCUCAACUCUCAUAUUGAGAACGGCAACAUGCAAGAGCGGGCGCCAUGUUGUGUUCCAGUCGCCUACGAGUCUCUGGAAGUGGUGGACUUUGACCAGAAUGGCACGCAACUCUACAAGCACCCAGAUAUGGUAGCGACGAAGUGUGAGUGUCGCUAAAGCUAAGUCUGCCUAAACCAGCGUGUCUGCUUAAUUUGCGACAAAUGCACUUCUCGUAACUCACUGGCUGUCAUUGACUGUGAAUGAUUGUUUCAGUGCCAUUGACAAAGAUAGAUAUCCAGUCCAGUUGACAUUUGAAAUGAUCGCUGCCACCCUCCCAGUUCAAAUGAAUUGAACGUCUAUCGCCAUCAACGGCUGUGAAUUGAUUAAAGGAUCCUUUUAUUCACAUGUAUUUACAGAGCUGGAUCUCCAUUACUGUGGCGAUUAUAUAUGCAUCUCGAUGCCCUGCCAGCGAUACGAUAUAAUUUGCGAUACACUGAAUCCCUGCCCGAUAGGAUACUUACGAUUAAUCCAUGUUUUCGAUACAAUGCUAUAUGAUUCAUCCUCCGUCCGAAUUUGAUAUGCUACAAUACAACCUAUUCCCGAUACGAUGCACUUCAAUAAAGUGCGAUACACCCGUUUGUGAUGCUUUUUGAUAAAUUAGUUCAAUCAAAUGCGAUUCAUUGGGAAGCAAAAAUGAUACAUCGUAUUUUAUCUACUAAGCAGGCAAACAAAAAAAAUAAUAUGGCAAUUAAGUAUGUUACAAAAGGCUUUGGUUUAUUAAUAUAAGAGUAAAACAAAACAAAUAAAGAUAGCUUAAAGAUGCUGUGCGUGUAAACAUUACAGUAACAUUAAUCACUCUCAAUGAGUGACUUAAAGUAACACUUUGCAAUGUCUACAUACCUGUCUGCCAGACAAAACCUAAAAUGAAAUGCACACAACUGCUUGUGCAAAGAAAACCACAAACAACUUGGCAGUGACAUCUGCUGUAAACUGACCACUCUCACUGAGUGUCUUAAGUGCAAUGUCCAUCUAUAUCCCAAAUAGUAAUAUGAAAAACAAUAACAAGUGUACGGGGAAAAACCCCUGUGACCUUUUUGUGACCCGCACUGGUUCCACCAUUAUUUAAUGCACGUAUAUAUAACAAAGUAUAUAUAUAACAAAGUACGACUGUGUACUAAAGCACCAUGGGUUCCUUCCUUAUUCCAUCAUUGUUACACAACAAUAAAGCGCCUAACCAUGAUUGGACACGACAAUAAAGAGCCUAACUAUGAUUGGACAGGCAGUGUGUCUCCUGAGAUCAGGGGUUGGCCCCCUCUGUUCUCACGUGACCUAGGCAUAUAAGAGCGGACUUUUUCCGGGCCACACUUUAGGGUCGGUUGUAGGACUUCACGCGUAGUCGCUCGCCCGGAGUUUCCUCUGCUCAAACCAGGAACGUUGUGUGGCCCUCCGUUCAUUGUCGACACGGUAAGAGCUUGAUUUUAAUAUCAUAAAGGAACUCAUUGCGCUUUGGUGUUAAGAUAUCUGUGUUAGCUUCGACAACUAAUCCAUAUCUAGCGCCAUUGUUAUGUGUGAUUGUGUGUUUUUAACUGCUUUGUAAGGGUUUUUGACAAUUCAGACCUAACGUUGUAGUUAUUCUCGAGUUUUGUCUUUGCUUGCU